AAACGUGUUGUAUUAGUGAGGACAUAAUUUUGUUGUAAACAUGUUCGGAAAUACAGAUAUUGCUGUCUUGUUUCUACUUUGCCCGAAGGUCGCUAUCAUUGAAAAGAUCGCCUUCCAGAUAAAGUCUCCAGAGCAAUCAUGCACUGCGGUCUUACCGAGCUAUUUGUGUCCUUCCAAUGUGGUUUGGUUCUUGGCUCUGAUAUUGUUAGGAUUAUACGUUUACACGAUUCUCAUACCAGACCUGAAGGUUUACUUUAUUGGAAUGGUAGCUGACAUUAAAGAAGUAGUAGGGAGACACAAAAAUGAAAAUCCAGCAAAUAAUGAAGUGAGUCCCACCAAGAACAGGAAAGCAGUGUAUCAAGACGAGCCAGACGAAGGACUAGAAGGAGAUUCGGCAUCUCAGAAUAACACGACUCCUGUCAUGAAUGCUGAGACUGUGUGUCCAGAUGAUCUAGAAGAGAGACCGGAAGAAUUGGAUCUGCCUCCGGAAGUGAUGAUCGAGGUCCAACAGAAAAAGAUUGAGGUUAUGCAACAUUUAAAUCAAGAGUUGGAGGCGGGACUACAAGAGGAAAUUUUAGCAAAUGAGCACUUGGAUCAAAACAAUAAGCUCGAGGUAGACGAUGACCCCGAGGUGGACGAUGACCCCGAGGUGGAUGACGAGCUCGAGGUGAAAGAUGAGCUCAAGAGAGACAAAGUGAAACGUCUCAUCAAAUCGCUGAAGGCCGGGAUUAAAGAGGAACGUGCAAUGAACGAAAUCUUGGACAAGACGGUGUCUAUUCAGGAGAACGUAAUACAGGGACAACAGGACAUCAUAAAGGCUCUCCUAGAUAUGUUGCAAAACACUGGCCGGAGGAACGUGAAUGACUAAUCUGCUUCCAUGUCUGAAGUGUAUGUCUCCAUACAUGGAGGAAAUGAUGAAAAGGAAACUGGAUAUUAUGUGUGAGAUCAGGACACAGAUGAAGCAGAGGCCGAAAUUGCUGAAGAAAAUGAGGUGAGAGACAGUAAAUAACAACAGACAAGAAACAGUUUCCAAGUUAAGCACAAGGCACAACCAAAAUUAUAU